CAGAGCCCAUGACCCACAUUGUCCACGCUUGUUGUGUAGAAGGACUGCGCGAGUAGCUCGUUUCUCUUUAGUCAUCUAGCAUAGGAGCCGUAGAUGACAUACAGCACAGGUGUUGCAUCCUACCACAGUGAGACUUGACUCAUACCAGAGAAGAACACCCAAAACACCCAAGAUCACUUCAACACUAAUUUGAUUGGGGUUUUUUCAACCCUACUGACUCCAUCAACAAUGUCCAAGCAAAGCCCGUCAGAACGUCUGUUUACCCUUGCUGUUGAGGCUGGUCUACAAGUGACGGAUGAGCGGUUUGCCAAAUUCAUGGACGAAAAGGAUGAACUUCAAGCUUUCAGGAAAGAAUUCCACUAUCCCAAAAUGAAAGACAUGAUUUUUGUUGACCAGUCGCUAGUCGACCCUGAAGAUGACUGUGUUUAUUUUGUCGGCCACUCUCUUGGUCUCUGCCCCAAGAAGACAGAAGAGUAUAUGAUGACACAGUUAGAAAAAUGGUCCAAAAUUGCCAUCUACGGCCACGAACACGGCGAGAUGCCCUGGGUUAGUUGUGAUGAGAGCGUUGAUGGCGACAUGGCCAAGGUUGUAGGAGGCCAACAUGGCGAAGUUGCUCUCAUGAACGGAUUGACCGUGAAUCUUCAUUUAUUGCUGAUCUCAUUUUACCGACCAAAUGCCACAAGACACAAGAUUAUGUGCGAAAGCAAGUCAUUUCCAUCUGAUCACUAUGCAUUUGAAAGUCAAAUAAGGCUCCAUGGUUACGACCCAGCUGAAAGUCUAGUCCUUCUGGAACCCAGACAGGGGGAGACUACCCUGCGCACAGAAGACAUAGUGUCCAGGAUCCAGAAAGAAGGGGACUCAAUAGCGGUGAUCUGUCUACCCGGUGUGCAGUACUACACAGGCCAGCUGUUUGACAUACCCACCAUCACCAAGGCCGGGCAGGCUAAGGGUUGCUAUGUGGGAUGGGAUCUAGCUCAUGCUGCGGGCAACGUCGAGCUUCAUCUCCAUGACUGGGGGGUGGACUUCGCUUGCUGGUGCACUUACAAGUACUUGAGCGCGGGAGCUGGAAGUAUUGGAGGAGCUUUCCUGCACAAGAAACACGAAAAGAACGACUUCCCAAAACUGCUUGGUUGGUGGGGACACAAUCUGGACACUAGAUUUGUCAUGGACAAUGAUAUGGAUAUUUCCCCAGGAAUAUAUGGCUACCGUAUUUCCAACCCUGCAGGGAUGUUGUUGCCGUCGCUGAAAGCAAGUCUAGAGUUGUAUAACAAAGCCACCAUGCCUGCUCUGAGGGAGAAAUCCUUGUUACUUACGGGGUAUCUGGAGAUGUUGAUAAAAAAACAAUAUGGCCGCCCAGUUGAAAAGGCAGAGGAUCCUGAUGAAGUGUACGUUGAUAUACUGACCCCAUCUGACCCUGAACAGCGAGGGGCCCAGUUAUCACUUGCAUUCAAUGUCAAUAUUCAUCGCGUUAUUGAUGAACUGUACAAGCGUGGUGUUUCUUGUGACAAACGUCUUCCUCGUGUCAUCCGCAUCGCACCCGUCCCCAUCUUCUGCUCUUUUGAAGACGUCCACAGAUUCAUGAAGUACCUGCAGCAGUCUCUGACAGCAGCCAAGGCACAAGGGAGUGAGGACCAUCGUGUCGACAACAAUCAUGUAUAAACCAAACUGUACCAAGUCACACCUGUACUAGAUAUGUAAAACGUAAACUUCUUGAGUUUAUAUUACUUUUAUAGCUUACUGCUUAACAAAUGUGGUCACUACAGGUAUUUACACUUAGCGAAUCAUUGCUGUCAUUUUCAUCUGGGUAUUUUAACCGCUUUUAUUAAAACAUUGUGCCAGAAAAUCAAUUUUGUGAUGAUAUCAUGCUUCAGAAUAUAUAUUUGUUUUGUGGACAGUUCCAUAUUAGGAACCAAGUUUUAUUGGUCAAUCAAAAGAGUGAGUAAAAUCCUAUUUAUGUCUAAGAUGUUGUCAUAGGGAAAGUUGGGAUAUUUACUGGUGUUUGGUCAGAUUAGGUAAUGACCUGUUCUUAAUAAUCAGAGUGAAGAUAUUUGCUGACACAUUAACGACACAAACAGACCCUUAUAGAAAUUUGUCAAAUUCUACACCUAAUGUCAAUUCACCAUAACAAGAUGCUUUCCUCAAUAUCGGCAGUGAUGUUGUACGAACCAUUUGUGGAAAGAUGGUUUGAUAUGAGGCUUUACUGCUAUAUGUUUGCCCUGGGUAGAUAAGGGUUUUAGCUAGGGUGAAGGAAACAGUCUUUGUGUUAACGACUCCGUGCUGAUUCGUGGUGUCGGUUCAACACUUACACCUUGAUGUUUAUGUGUUAUCAAAUCAGGUAAAGUCUCUGUUGUGUGAUUCAAUUACGUCAUUAUGGACUGUUCUUGAUAUUGAAUUGUCGUGAUCCAUUUAGACUUAUUUCAUAUUUUCAGAACAUCGUCGAUCUGCCUACAAUGUAUUGUGAUUUUAUUUACGCCUAAAUCUUCAGUUUUGUUUCAUUUUACUACUAUCGUGUUGAAUGUAUACAUACUAUUAGUACUAGUGCGAAGGAUUAAGAUGAAAUCCCUCCUUGGGAACAGAGUUCUCGCAUCGUUAACAUAUAUCUGAUAUUUAAGCUGAUUUGUUAGGUAGAGCUGCGUGGAUAAAACAAGGAUAUUCAAAUUUGGCACGGAUUUUAUCAUUUACGUCGUAACCAGUAACAAAUGGAUUAUUAAUAGAUUUCAUCUUUUCUCAUAUUUGUCGAUGGUGUCAUCCUUCUUUUCAUUUGAUAUGUUAAUUUCAUGCUGUUAUUUUAUGAAUUGGUGUUCGUGAUUGAUGAAUUGAACUGAAGGUAUAGUAUCUCUGUGCAGGUGUGGUAUAGUAUCUCUGUGCAGGUGUGGUUUAGUAUCUCUGUGCAAGUGUAGUAUAGUUUGUCUGUGCAGGUGUGGUAUAGUAUCUCUGUGCAGGUGUGGUAUAGUAUCUCUGUGCAGGUGUGGUUUAGUAUCUCUGUGCAGGUGUGGUAUAGUAUCUCUGUGCAGGUGUGGUAUAGUAUCUCUGUGCAGGUGUGGUAACGUAUAUCUGUGCAGGUGUAGUUUAGUAUCUCUGUGCAGGUGUGGUAUAGUAUUUCUGUGCAGGUGUGGUAUAGUAUCUCUGUGCAGGUGUAGUAUAGUAUGUCUCUGCAGGUGUGGUAUAGUAUCUCUGUGCAGGUGUGGUAUAGUAUCUGUGCAGGUGUGGUAUAGUAUCUCUGUGCCGGUGACAUUUACCGGUUACCAUUGCGUCCGAUGGAACCGUUUAACGGCAUCUGUCCAAAACGUCACUGCCUGGAUUGAAUCAACUCUGUCCCACCACCUGAUUUAUUGGAAUUAUAUACAGCUUAGUUAUAAUUCGAUAUGCCAUGGCCUUAAUAUCGUGUGGGGUGUUGCUUCAAGAAUUAUUUCCCCCAGUUAGUUUUACCCCACCUCCGAGGAUAACAAGUGGUGAGUCCUAUAAAUAGAACAUUUCUCCUUUUCUUUACCGAGCUAUAUAUGUUUUUAAUGAGACCAAUUUGAUAAAACAACAUCUUGGCAUAGUGCACAGGUUACGCUGUGGGAUUGUUCGGUAAGUUACUACCUGUGUAUCGUGUUUCGUUGCCGCCACUCUUGAAUGUAAUACAUAUAUAUCGCCACGACAGGAAGACUGAUAAUAUUUAGUAAACUGUUCAAUUUUUGAAGACACGAACUACAAACAAAUUGCAAUUGAUAUUAAAUCUUUAACCCAGCAUUUCAAUGUCACCAAUGAGAGUAUGUUACUGUUAGGUAUGUAUUUUAUGCAUGUGCUUUUGCAUUUAAUUUCUCCGUCAAAAGUAUUAUCUUGUAGUGCUUAUUGAAAAUAUUCUUUACAUUUUUUCCAUUAAACAAUGUAUCUCAU